AUGCAUACAGAUCUAAGCGAAAAAAAUAUUGAUGAUUUAUCAGUAAAAGCAAGUUUAGAUAAAAUAAAACUUCUUUCAGAAUAUUUUCAUGAUAUUAAUGAUACAUAUAAAGUUGUUUGUCAAUCGUUCGCUGAAAAAGUCGACUUGAUAGAAAACUGUUUCGAAAAAACUGUGUUAUCUAAUCAAUUUACUAAUAGUGCUACUAUCAUGGUGAAAUUAUAUGAUGCAUCCAAUGUUUUACAUGAUCAUUUAAAUGACAAAGCUAUAGAAACAAAAUAUUUAAAGUUGAAAAAAGAUUUUCUAAAUUAUCUAAGUAAUUCUGUAAGAGACUUAAGUGAUAUUUUUACAAAAGUAAAACUAGAACAAAUUGACAUAGAUCAUCUAAAUAGUUGUGUACGUAUGCUCGAAACAGCUAUGAAUACAUUCAAUCUUCAUGAACAUAUUUCAAAAGAAGAUAUUAAUAAAAUUUAUGAAAAUGUUUCAUCGAAAAUUUUGAAUUAUUUUGAAGAAAUUGUUAAAAAAAUUAAUACAGAAAUUCAGAAUAGAAAUGUAUCUCAUACAUUAGAAGAAUUCAUGAAAGAAUUAGAUUCGAUCAGAACAAUUUCUAGUAUUGCACUUAAAACUACUGAAAUAUAUUAUGCUACUGUAGAAAAAUUAGUUGGAUAUGUAUAUGAAUCAAGAAGAGAUGCUGAAGAACUUUUACGAGUUAUGUUUCGACGUGAAGGAAAAGUUGAUUAUAAUAAACUUACACAAUGUUUAUCAAAUCUAAAAAAUACUCAUUGGAUUGAAAUAUAUCGAACUGGAGUUUACUCAGAUGUAAUAAAUAAUGUUGAACAACAAAUUAUUCAAUAUAUAAUAGAAUGA